CAUAAGAGGAAUGGCGUGCUUUAGUUGCGGAUCUAGAAUCUAUAUUUACCGCCUUUGUUCUUACAAAUAAGGUUUACCCCGUCACGACAUUCAAACCAUCUCACAUUAUUACCAAUUUGAUCCAUAACCAAGAGACACCUGCAUAUUUUCUACCUCUAAUAUUAGUGAAGGAGAAGAAUAUAAGUCUACACUUCCCCGCAACCAUUUUUUCUAUAUUUCGUGACAAACUAUCAUCAAACUUUUCGCAUAUUUUCUCCUCUCCUAUCAGUGCAAAAAAAAAAGUGUUUGGAGAGAAGAAAAAGAAAAUCCGCCCGUGAAAUUACCACCCGCCCUACUCCUCAUAAUGACUAUUCCAAACUUCGAUCAUCCCAUUGAAACUCCUCCGCGAGCUCCUUCGCCAGUCCAUCGAUUUGGUACUCUGGCAGUUCAUGCUGGAUCCCCUCAUGAUCCCGUCACUGGCGCCGUCAUCGAAGCCAUCUCCCUCUCUACAACAUUUGCGCAAACCGCCGUCGGAAAACCCGUUGGUGCAUAUGAAUACAGCAGAAGCUCCAAUCCCAAUCGUGAUAAUUUCGAGCAGGCUGUCGCAGCUCUCGAACACGCGAAAUACGCCCUAGCUUUCUCUUCCGGCUCUGCUACCACGGCUACCAUUUUGCAGUCCUUAGCCGCUGGUUCGCAUGUUAUUUCGGUCUCGGACGUCUAUGGUGGAACCCACAGAUAUUUCACACAGGUAGCUAAGGCUCAUGGUGUGAAGGUUACAUUUACGCCAGAGAUCGAGGUGGAUGUUGUGGAUCAUAUUACACCAGAGACAAAACUCAUCUGGAUCGAAACUCCCAGUAACCCUACUCUGCGCCUUGUGGAUAUUAGAGCGGUGGCAACAGCGGCACACGAACAUGGCAUCAUGGUUGUGGUUGACAAUACUUUCAUGAGUCCUUACGUUCAACAGCCCUUGGACCACGGAGCUGAUAUUGUCGUUCACUCUGUCACUAAAUACAUCAAUGGACACUCCGAUGUGGUGAUGGGAGUAGCCGCUUUCAACUCAGACGCUAUGAAGGAGAGAUUAGGCUUCUUGCAAAAUGCCAUUGGAUGCAUACCUUCAGCAUUUGACAGCUGGCUCGCUCACCGUGGUUUGAAGACAUUGCAUCUCCGAGCUCGAGAAGCCACAGUUAAUGCGACAGUGGUAGCCAAAACAUUGGAAAGCUCACCACAUGUCAUCGCUGUCAACUACCCUGGCUUGGACUCCCACCCGCACCGCAAAAUUGCUCUCAAGCAACACAGAGACGGUAUGGGAGGUGGCAUGCUUUCCUUCCGUAUCAAGGGAGGUUCCGCUGCAGCUGAAAAAUUCUGUCAAAUGACAAACAUCUUCACAUUGGCAGAAAGUUUGGGAGGAGUCGAGAGUUUGAUAGAAGUGCCAAGCAGCAUGACACAUGCUGGCAUUCCCAAGGCUCACAGAGAGGCAAUUGGUGUGUAUGACGAUUUAGUCCGUAUCAGUUGCGGAGUUGAAGAUGCAGAGGAUUUAAAAGCAGAUGUUUUGCAAGCUUUGGAGAAAGCCGUCGUUUGGCCCAAAAUCUCCAAUGGCUUGGAAAAUUACACUUUACACGAGUCCUAGAUUAGGUUUUGCUUUUUUCAGGAAUCGCAUAUGCAUAUGGAUUGCAAAUGCAUGGGCGCUGGCGUUGGGGCAUCUUCUUAAAUACCUCUCGAUCUCAAAUCUUACGUCUAGAUGAUUGGAUAACGUUACAUACAUCUCUUAGCUUGAUCCGAAUUCAUGGGUUUCCUUAUUUGAGGGUCGGGGAGAUAGAUAAAAAUUGAUAUCUUCACAACACACAGACUAGACUUGCAUUUCUACAAAAACCUGUG